UUUUUUUGGUUAAAACUGUGUGUCCAUUGUGAGAGACAUGUGUAUAAUGUGUUGCCGGUGUAAAGGCAUCAUUUCAGAUGUAUUUUAUGUCUGUGAUCAACAGAAUGCGGAUUUAUGACACGAAUGAACAAUAAUCUAUAACCUUAACAAAUAUAAUUUUGAAAAUAUUUUACUCCAGUCAUGAGUGUUGAAAGAGAAAAACUUUUAAAUUUGCUUUUUCCCAAUGGCUACCCAAGUGAUUGGGAUUACAAAUCAAGCUUUAAUGAAUAUCUAAAUAAAGUCGGAAAUUAUAAAGUAGAAGAUCUAGUUAAAGAACCCCAGCGUCUGACUAAAGAUAGUAACGAUAUUCAUGAUCAGACUCAAGAGUUAGCUGUUACAAAUUAUAAAACAUUCAUUGAAACUGCACAAUGUUCAAAACAGCUGUCUAGCCAUUUUAAUUUGAUUGAAGUUAAACUGAAUGAGCUUCUAAAUAAUAUACCAGCAUUUGAAAUUCACUGUCACAGUUUUACAGAAAGUUCAAGUAGUAUUAACAAUUUGAGAAGAUUAAAUUCUUUAACAUUAACAAAAAAUUCCCAAUUGUUGGAAGUUUUGGAGUUGCCACAGUUGAUGAAUUCAUUUAUCGAUGACAAAAUGUAUGAAGAUGCACUGGAACUAGCGGCAUAUGUACGAAGACUUGCCGUUAAAUUUCCAGAUGUUGCCAUUUUCAAUACAAUUUUGGAAGAUAUUGAAGAUGCUUGGUUCUUGAUGUUGCAUCAACUCUUAUUGCAACUAAGACAAGACUUGACUCUGCCAAAAUGUUUAGAAAUUGUCGGUUAUUUGAGAAGAAUGGAUGUUUUUACUGAAGUAGAACUAAAAUUAAAAUUUUUACAAGCUAGAGGCUCGUGGUUACAGCAGUGUGUUGCCUACAUUCCUACAGAUGAUAGAAAUCACCACCUAGCAAAGACCAUUGAAUUGACAAGGGUGAAUUUGUUUAACAUUAUAACACAUUAUAGAGCUGUUUUUGCUGAUAUUUCAGUCACACAAAUAAACUCAGCAAAACAUAGUGUAAACGAGAAUCUUGUGUUUUAUUCUUGGAUACAUGAUAGGAUUGAAGAUUUCCUAUCAAUAUUACAGGAAGAUUUAAAGUACAUCUCAUCAAUGGAAUCCAUUAUGGAUCAGUGUAUGUACUUUGGGUUGUCAUUUAGCAAAGUAGGUUGUGAUUUUAGGCCUCUCUUAGUUCCUAUUUUUACGACACAAUUGACUGAAAAAUUUAACAAUUCCAUAUCGAAAGCCAUGAUCAACUUUGAGAAGAAUAUAGAAAAAUUUACUUUGAUUAAUAAGACUUUACCUAACAUACCUUGGAAAAGCAGGAUGGAUGAUCCAUUUCAUCCCCCAGAUAGUUUGUUAGAAUUCUAUCCAUUGGGAGAAUAUUUGAAUCAUGUGCUGAAAAGCUUAAAUGAACUUAGACUGUGUGCUCCCUUUGCAGUUCUUAUGGACAUUGUUAACUCUUUACAAAGAUCUUUAAUUUUCAUCGCUAAGUCACUGUUGGAACUAUAUUCUCAAGAACACUUGGCAUUUAGCAGCUACUCAAAAGACGCUUUCACAAGGUUAUUAAUGUGUUUCUCUGAUGAUUUGAUACCCCAUAUUCAAAAGUACAUUCACAUAAUUUAUCCGCCAAGCCAGGUUGCUAGUCAUCUCGGUAUAAAUUUACAAACUUUGCAACAAGAAAAAAUUUCCUUUUUGAAUAAAGAAUUGAUUAUCGAUCCAAUUAAACAUUUAUUACCACAAAAAAUUGAACCCAUUUUGAAUUUUGAUGAAAAUAUGGCUUCUACUUUAAAACAGGAAUCUAUCAGUGACAACUUUAGUCAGCAGGAACUAGAGAACCCUUCAAAAGAAUAACUAAUAUAAAUUUUAAAUUUUUAGAUUGCUAAGAUGUAAGAUAUGUAAAAAAGGCUAGUGUUUCAAAUUA